AUGUCGAUCACCCACAUUGUCCUUCUUCAGUUCAAGCAGAAUGUGCCUCCUGAUGCAGUACAGAAUGCAUGCAAAAAGAUGCUUGGUCUCAGAGAACAAUGCCUCCAUCCGUCAACAACGAAGCCGUACAUUCUGUCCGUGUCCGGUGGAAAGGACAAUUCUCCAGAAGGAAAGCAGGGCGGUAUCACGCACGCAUUUAUUAUGAAAUUCAAAUCUGCCGCAGACCGGGAAUACUACCUUACAAGCGAUCCUAUACAUCAAGAAUUUGCGGAGAGCCUGAUAAGACUCGUUGAAAAAGCUCAAGUGGUCGACUUUACGCCCGGUAUCUUCUAG